GUCGCAUCCACCCCGUCUGUGGACACACCCACGGGGCGGGAGGCGGCGCUGUCAGUGGCGGAGGUUACCAGUGAGAGGUGUAGUGUAUACGGGUUGCUUACACCGUUACAUGGUAUACAGGUAGGAACCGGCACAGCGACUCACACAGGAAACUGCCGUCCACGUACAGGAAGUAGCGAGCUACACACGGGCUAGCACAGCCAAGCCGGGGAACGCGGAUCGGGCUCUGCUGGCUGCCAUCCCCGUAGGUCAUGGAUCAUCAGUACCUCCAGGCCGCCAGCCGGUACCAAGUGCCUGAAAAUGAAGAUGACUCCUCAGAAGCUCCAGCUGUAGAACAGCCAUCAACCUCCUCAGAAGCACCUCAGGCCGCCCAGGCAUCUGGAAGUUCUACAGUAGAAGCAUCUCCUCCACCUUACAGCAGCAUUGUGACUGACAUUGCCACAAACACAGAAACGCACAGCGACUUCUACCCUGUACCACCUCCCUACAGUGUAGCCACUACUCUUCCAACUUAUGAUGAAGCUGAGAAGGCCAAAGCCGCAGCAAUGGCGGCAGCAGCUGCUGAAGCGGCACAGAGGCACGGCCCAGUUAGAGAGUCUAGAAGUCUGUUUGAUGAAAUAUUCCUCAGUCCUUCAGAGGAAGAAGAAUAUCCUCCACGGGAUGACUUCAGUGAUGCUGACCAGUUAAGAGUGGGAAAUGAUGGAAUCUUCAUGCUGGCUUUCUUCAUGGCCUUCAUUUUUAACUGGAUUGGAUUCUGUUUAUCUUUUUGCAUAACCAACACAAUUGCCGGACGCUAUGGAGCAAUCUGUGGUUUUGGAUUAUCACUGAUCAAAUGGAUUUUAAUUGUCAGGUUCUCAGACUAUUUUACUGGAUAUUUCAAUGGACAAUACUGGCUUUGGUGGAUAUUCCUUGUACUUGGAUUGUUGCUGUUCUUUAGAGGCUUUGUCAAUUACCUCAAGGUGCGAAACAUGUCUGAAAGCAUGGCGGCUGCUCAUAGAACAAGAUUUUUCUUCUUAUACUAGAGGCAACCACGCAUUCCUUUUUCCUGACAAGAGCCAACAUCUUCUACACCUUGAUAAACAGCAUAGAAGACUUCAACACAAGAUGUACCAUUAGUUUCCAGUAGCUCUGGUUACUGGAUAGAAUGAUAAAACUGUAAAUAUUGCUGAUAAAACUGCACAUUGCUAAGUUGAAGGCUUUCCAGUAAGAAGACAAAAUAGAUGUGUAGCAUGUUAGACUUGACCUUCCCCAUCCUAAUACAUCACUGGGACAUGCAAGUUAUUGUUGCUGUGCCCCAGUUUUUCGUUUUCAUACACUGCCAAACAGUUGAAUUAUUAUAUCCUGUUUGCUGGAUUUAACAACAAAACAAUAUUCAUAACAUGUAUACUACUGGAGCAUGAGUAGGUUUUCCUAACAAGGCACAACUAUUUUGCAGAUACAGUGACGUAAUCCAUUGUAAAUAUGCAUCUCUGUAUGAUUGAAUGGCAGAUUCAUUAUAUCCAAGCAAGCUCAAUUAAGUUAAUUUAAAUAUGAAUAAUAUGUCUAUUUUUACUAACAUUAGCUUUUUUUUUUUUGUAUGAAUGACUAGAACAAAGGUACUUGAUACACAAUAUUCUAGAUUUCAAACCACAUAAAAUGUGCCAUACAGCUAUUUGUCAUCUCAACAAACCAAAUUGUACUGAAAUCAUCUUGUGAUCUGUUAGUUGCAGUUUCUAAUAUAAAUUAUCGAUGAACAAAUGAACUUUGCCAA